CAAGUGACAGGCAGAAGUUUUGGUGAGAAAGAUUUUCGUUCUGGAUUAGAAAACGGGAUUCUUCUGUGUGAGUUGCUGAAUGCAAUAAAGCCAGGAUUGGUAAAAAAGAUCAACAGACUGCCGACUCCCAUUGCCGGAUUGGAUAAUAUCAUCUUAUUCUUAAGAGGCUGCAAAGAGCUGGGACUUAAAGAAUCUCAGCUCUUUGAUCCGGGUGACCUUCAGGACACAUCAAACAGAGUAACUGUCAAGAACAUUGACUAUAGUAGGAAGCUGAAAAAUGUAUUAGUCACCAUUUAUUGGCUAGGGAAAGCGGCAAACAGCUGCACCUCAUAUAGUGGAUCAACCCUGAACCUGAAGGAGUUUGAAGGUUUGCUGGCACAGAUGAGAAAGGAAACUGAGGAUAUUGAGAGCCCAAAGCGCAGCAUUCGUGACAGCGGCUAUAUAGACUGCUGGGACUCUGAGCGCAGCGAUUCUCUCUCCCCACCUCGCCACGGCAGGGAUGACUCCUUCGACAGCCUGGACUCAUUCGGAUCCCGCUCACAGCAGACACCGUCCCCAGAUGUAGUGCUCAGAGGAAGCAGUGAUGGGAGAGGAAGUGACUCUGAGACUGACCUGCCACACAGAAAAAUGCCGGAUGUGAAAAAAGAUGAUAUGUCUGCAAGGCGGACCUCACAUGGGGAACCUAAAUCAGCUGUGCCUUUUAACCAGUACCUCCCGAACAAGAGUAAUCAGACUUUCUAUGUACCCGCUCCGCUUCGGAAAAAGAAAACUGAACGAGAAGACUAUCGAAAGAGUUGGAGCACUGCAACUUCACCGCUAGGAGACAGACCUUUCAGAUUCGGCCCCAGAACUGCUGUGUCUGAUGACGCAGAGAGCAUGAGCAUGUUUGACAUGAGGUGUGAAGAUGAAGCUGUGAUGCAGCCUCAUAGCAAAGCUCGCCAUGAAAAACUGCAGAAUAUACACAACCAACUGAAAGAGGAUGAGACUAGAUGGCAAGAUGACCUAGCUCGGUGGAAGAGUCGCCGAAGGAGUGCUUCACAGGAUUUAAUAAAAAAAGAAGCGGAGAGAAAGAAAAUGGAAAGGUUAUUGUCUGGAGAGGGAACAAAUGAGCGAAGGAAAAGCAUCAAAACCUACCGAGAAAUUGUGGAAGAGAAAGAGAGAAGAGAGCGGGAGCUUCAUGAGGCGUACAAGAACGCAAAGUCUCAGGAGGAGGCCGAGAGCAUCCUCCAACAGUAUAUCGAAAGAUUCACCAUUAGUGAAGCUGUCCUUGAGCGUCUGCAGAUGCCAAAAAUUCUGGAAAGAAGCCAUUCAGUGGAGCCAGAUUCCCCACUGAAAGACCCAAACCCUCUAAGAUACUUAAGGCAACAAUCGCUUCCUGCUCCAAAAUUCACUGCUACCAUUGAAGCAACCAUUGUUCCAACCGCUGAAUUAGAGCCCAGUGAUUCAACAGGCCGUACAUCCCCCAGCAAAACUGUUGUCUCCAAGGCUGUGCCUAUGCUGACACCCAAGCCUUACUCACAACCCAAAAAUACACAGCAAGUUUUAAAGAAUUUUAAGGUGGAUGGAAAAGUCAGCAUGAAUGGAGAGAAUGUCAAUGGAGUUGAAGAGAAGGAUAAAGAGUGCACAACAAUAAUACUUACUCCUUCGCCAAGCAGAUCUCUGAAAUUGGACGGAGUAGCCAGAGGGGACAGGCCCCCAGUCGAGUUGAAGAAGGACCCCACAAGUAUUGAGCUCAGUUUACAGAGGCCUACCAUUCAGAGCGUGCACAAAGAGCCAACAGCCUCUUCAGUGGAAGCAGAUAUAGCGGCCAGCCAACAGGUUGGGGCCGGCCCUGGAAGUGCAGGACCUGUGAGCCUGGCGUGCGCUUCCCCAGUUUCAGAUCCAACGCAGUUCAAGUCACCUGCAGCUUGUUCCAGCCCUGUUGUGACCAGCUUAGAGUUUCCUGCUAGCCCUGUCCCUGUGGAGGAAGCUGCUUCCAGUGAGAAAGAUGUGAAGAAACCUGAAAAGGAAGAGCAGAAGGAAACAGAGCUCCCUGCUUCGCAGGAGGUAAGGAAGCCAAAAGUCCUGGAACCGGAGGGGACUGUAGUAUUCCCAUUUUUGAAGAAACUACCUGAGACCAGCCAAGUUACUCUGCAGAGUUCUGACCUGCAAGCCAAUGCUGACAGUGGUGACAGAUCAAAUCGUUUCAAUUUCUGGUCCUGGGAUCCAGAAGAGGAGCGAAAGCGACAGGAAAGGUGGCAACAUGAGCAAGAACGCUUGCUUCAGGAGAAGUACCAGAGGGAGCAGGACAAGCUGAAAGAGGAAUGGGAAAAGGCACAGAAAGAAGUUGAAGAAGAGGAGCGUAGAUACUAUGAGGAGGAACGUAAGAUAAUUGAAGAUACUGUAGUUCCAUUCAUUGUUUCUUCAAACUCUGCUGAACUUCUCUCCUCCUCUUCCUCCACCACUGAAGGAGGCAAGACAGUGAACACAACUGAUUCCAACAACUCUCCAGAGGAGGGCAAACAAGAAGUUACAAGGCAGAAAAAAUUGCUUUGGGAGCAGGACAGUAUGCCAUCUCUGAAAAGCAAAGAAAAUGAACUCUGGCAAGGCGAGAAGAGCAGUGUAAGUAACACACUCUCAGGACAUCCAGAAACUGGUAUCUUGAAAGGAAGUGAACAGGAGCACCAGGUAUCUGUGACGGAACGCAACUCGUCUGCCAGGCUCACUCUGCCAUUAACUCAGGACAUCUCGUGGAACCAGCAGCUGCUAACCAAACAGUCCCCGCAGCGCGCAGACGACGCUAGGCAGAGAACGUCGCAGGGUCAGAGCGCGGGCCAGCAGUCUAACUCCGCGGGGGACAAGAGGAGGGCAGGCUAUCACGAGAAUUUCCGAUCUGGGCCUUCAUCUCCCUGCUCUCCUGCUGCUCCGAGUCACUCACCCAACAGAUCUGUCAGUGGAAGGAAGUUGUGUUCUACCUGUGGGCUUCCUCUUGGAAAAGGAGCUGCUAUGAUUAUUGAAACACUUGGUCUUUACUUCCACAUUCAGUGCUUCAGGUGUGGCAUUUGCAAGGGACAGCUAGGAGAUGCAGCAAGUGGGACUGAUGUCAGGAUUAGAAACGGUCUUUUGAACUGCAAUGAUUGUUAUGUCCGAUCCAGAACUGCUGGGCAGCCAACUACAUUGUGACAUGACUUUCAGUCCCAAUAACUUGCAAGAAGGAACUCUCUUCUCAUAUGUCUCGGCUGCCUCCAGACAAUCACUUGUAAGAGCUUGAAUCCAUGGACGUCAUAGCUCUCAUCUCAUUUUGAGAAGCUCAUAUGAAAACGCUACCCCUGCUCCUUUAAAACGCAAUAUGUUUUUUCCCCCCUUUCUUAAGGAAUUUGCAAAAUACGUAUGACUGUAUUUGGUAAGGUAUAGCCUAAGCACUAUAAAAAAAAUUCCCACCUUUUCAGGUAUGUUUAUGAUAUCCAGUCAGUUACUUUGUUCUUUUAAAAGUAAUAUGAAAAUAAAGAUGCAAUAAACUUGUUCUGUUUUAAUAUUUCUAGGAAUUAAAAUUUUAAGUUUACAGAGCCUUUAUAGCAUAUGCCAACCUGAGAUGAGAAGUAAUUUUAAGAUAGUAUCUAAUCAGUGCAUUUGAAAAACUAAACACCGCAGCACAUGACUUCUCUGUUAUAACUGAAGCUAUAACUUUUUUUUAUACAGAGACUAGUUUGAUAAUACAGCUUGUAAUUCUGAAACAUUUUGUGUUUAUAUUACCUUCAGUGGAGGGUAGGAGUUAUACAAAUAAAUUAUUGCACCUUUAGUGAUAGGAUUUUUUGUUUGUGUACCUUAUGUAAUGUUCAUGACCAUAGCUUACUAUUCUGUCAAAUAAAGAUUUCUUCAUUAAACCUAAAGACUGUAUACCAUUAGCGACUGCAAAAUUCCCAUUGGGAGCAACCCCUCAUGAUAAAAUCAGUAUCCGAUGUUGCUGUUAAAUUUGAUGAAAGGGUGGCAUGGGGGAGAGGAGCUUGAAUGGGCAGAUACAACUGAACCGUGAGUGUACAGGCUGCAGGUCAAUGGUAUGGUGAACUUUUUCUGUUGGCUUGUAACUUUCCCGUAGAUGGUCUGAGUUGUUUUGAGAUCUGCUCAUUCACUUGCGGGUGUUAUGCUCUAUUGAAAUUGCAGGAGAAGAAACACGUGUGGUGUGGGUCCCCUCCCGAGUCAUCACUAGGUUUAAUAGUGAGUUAGGGCAGCCGAGUGAUGGCCAUGAACCCGUGUCGCUCCAUGCAUCCACCCCCAAAGGUCAGCAAAAACCGGGAGUGCGGAAAGCGGGCAGGGAGGAGGCUGAUAGCGACAGGCAAAAAAGCUUAACUUGUCUGUAUUUGGGUCAGUUUUCCUUUGUGCUUUUCGCUUAGGUGUGUGCUCCUUGCUGAGGUGCUCCGGCAGCUUGCUGGAACAGCAGGCAGAGCUCGGUCAGCUAGGACCUAGCUGUUAUCUAGAAUAUCUAGCAUACACAGACAAGGUGAGGUGAUCUAUUACAGUUGUAAAAUAUCUCAUUUUAGCAGUUCAAAAUGCAACUUAAAAUGGAGAAAAUAAAACAGCUUAUUCUGCCUUAAAAACUAUGAUAAAACUAAACUGAGGUUUCUUGUUUUAUGUAUGUGCACAUCCAUUGUCUGUUGAUGUGUCAGUAAAUGGAAAUGAUGUGGUUAUUAGGGAAGCAAUAAUUUUGAGUUGUUAUAUAGCUAACAACUAUUAAUUUAAACACUAGACGCUUGCUUGCAUAUGAGUUGCAUACCCAUGCAAAACAGCUUAUCAUUGAAAACACCUGCAAAGUGUUGUCAUUUGAGGACAUUGUGACUGUCUGCUGGAAGGUUACAUGUUAUUUCCUUAAAAUUGUGCCUUAGAAAAUGCAAAGCUGUUGCACACAGUCAGUGAUGACUCAUGGAUGCAAUAAGUCCAAAAAGUUGGAAGUCCUUCAUGGGACUUCACCUGGGGAGUAUUUUUAAAAAAAAUGAAAAUCAGAAAAAUGUUUUGGAAAUAAGACAGUGAAGUCCAAUAUUUUGAUUAACCAUUUGCAUGAUUAAAGGUUUUUAAUAACUAGGAUGUUUACAGUUUGCAUGUGCUCAUCGUAACAUUUUCCUGCAAAUAAUGCAUACAUGGAAAGUCAAAAAGAUUUUAUAAACUACUUUGUACAUCGGUAUAGUUCCAUGUGCUGCAUUAAAGCUAUGUGAAUAUAUUAUGUGUGGGCCUAACUUUCAAACAAAACCUCUUUUUAAUGCAUGCUUGUAUGUCUGUAUGGUAUGAGUCACUAACACUGAUUCACACAUGUGAUGUAGUUUAGAUGUGCAAAUCAGUCGCAAGUGUAUAAAAAGGUUGGUUGUCACAGGCAGAGGUUAGAUCUGCUUCUCAUUAACUUAGUGGUAGAUGCCCAAAGAUGUCAGAAGGAGCAUGACUGGAACCAAAAUGCAUGAGCAAGGGGUGGGGGUGGGGGGGUGCAGCCUUGCAGACACGCUGCUGGGGCUCUGAAGCUGCUUGGAAAUUUAUCCCAGGCUCUAGCAAAUAGAUUCAUAUAUGCAUGUUGUAGUGAAGUUAAUUGUAUGUUAAGCAAAACGAAGAAGCAGCAUUCUCAGACCACAAUUCCCCCCCCCCUAAACAGCAGCACAGAAUAAUUUUCAAGUUUUCUAAAUUGCACUUGCCAACUACUUUGUUGAUGUUUGGUUUAAUUUUCAUUUGGAGUCUUAUAUGGCGAAUUCAUUUGGGCUAAGACCUUUUUUUUCUCCUUUGUUUUCAGUUUAAACACAAAAAUAUGAUACAUUUCUUAUCAGGAACUUUGCAGCACAGGAAAAAAAAUAACACUUUAUUACAGUUGAACUACCAUGUAAAUGUAUUUGUUGCAAAAGUGAUAUAUUGUUGCUAAACAAGUACAAUGUAUGUAAUGGUUUUUAGAUGUUUCAAAAAUUACUUAGCCUCUUAAUGCUUCAGAGGACCUGAAUAGGUGUCAUAACCCAUCUGUAUUUCACCACUCCAAUUCCAUGGUGCAUUUUUUCCUUACUCUUGCUGUGUAGUGUUAUGAUGCAGUUCAUCUGUAGUUUUCAGUGAAUGUCCUAAAGGUUGGUGAACUGACAGGGGACCAACCUUAUACGCAUGUCCAUUCAAGGACAAGGAUUGCUGUCCUAGCUGGGGCUAAUGUUGAAUACCGAUUACGCUAAUCUUUCCUUUAUUUUAUUUAUUCUAAAAUGCCUCUGGAAAUUAGGAAGACUUGUCUAAAAUGCAACAGCUUUUAUAGUAAAUGUAUGUUUAUAAAUAAAAUGUUGAUUACA